AUGUUACUGUUAACAUUUUUUUUGAUACAAUCAAACAUCAUAUGGAUAUCUCCUGUCGAUGGAAAUAUUCCUUUUCCAAAAGAUAUGAAUAUACAUGUUCUAUUUCCACCUAUUAUUCAAACUCAUGAAUCUAUUCCUCUUGGUCAUCUUCGUCCAUUAGGUUGGCAACGUCGUGCUGACGGACCAAUAUUAGAAGAUUCACUUAAUAUAGAACCAGCACGUUUCUACCAUUUAUUUGUUCAAGGAAAUCGAUCAGUAGUUAUACGUGGUAUUGUUUCAGCAUUAGAUGUUUUAUGGACAGAUAGUUAUUUAUCGAAACGUUAUGGUCACUUAAAUGUUACUGUUGCUAAACGAAAACAACGUCUUGUUGAUACAUUAACAAUGAUGCCAUUUAAAACAUUUCUUGAACAAUAUAGACAAGAUGAUUUAUAUAUGAAUACAAUUAUACCUGAUGAAAUGAAAUUUGAAGCAUCAUUACCAUCACUUAUUACGUGUGGAAUAUUUAGUAAACGUCUAUUAGAACCUAUUCUAUGGAUAAGUGCAGGUGAUACAGCAUCACUUCUAUAUGCACAUGCACAAAAUACAUUACAUUGUGUAUUAGAUGGUCGAAAAGAUUUUAUUAUUUAUGAUACUUCAAAUAAAUAUCCACAUGAACUUGAUCUUGUAAAACAAUCAAAUGGAGAUUUAUUUUCUCGUAUUGAUGUUGAUUUAGUUAAUACAUAUAAGCAUAAAUAUCUACAUAGUUUACCAUGGUAUUGGACUACAUUAUAUGACGGUGAUUGUUUAUUUAUUCCAGCUUAUAAAUUUUUUCAAGUACGUGCACAUGGUCGAACAAUUGCUUUAUCUAUUGAUAUGGCACCGCCAGAUAUUCGAAAUGAUUUUAUUGGACUUGAUUGUGAAAGAAAUCCACCUAUUUAUAUUUCUUUAGAUAAAGGACAAUUUCAAUGGAGAUAUGAACAUGGUGUUCGGCAUUUAACCAAACGAAUAAUAACUUCUGAUGAUGCACGUACCUAUUUACUUCUUUUACUUGGUGCAAAUGAUCAAUUACAUAAGGAUAUAUUUCAAAAUUUUUACAUUCAAGCAACACAUGAAUUAGCAAGUAAAGAUCUAGGAUUGCCAACAGCAAAUCAUAUAUGGAAACAAUUAAAUAAUGAUACAACUAAUGAAGAUUAUAUGACUCGUAAUCAAAUAACAAGUUUACCAUCAAAUGUUUUACAAUUAUUAGGUGAUGUACUUCAAAAAAGUGCUCGAAUUCAUGAAUAUGAAAAAUCAGAACUUUAA